UUGAAAAAAAAAACAUUUGUCUAUGUGGCGAUGGCUGUCAUUGAGUUUUAUUUUAUUAUUUUAGAUGAAAAUAGGAAAAGAAGCUUACAGUGAUUGUAGAAUAAUGAUAUUUUCGUGAAACAUGUACAUGUUUUGUAAUAAUCUAAUAGGUGUAAGUGACAUUAUUAAGUACCGGUAGUGAGAAUCACAUAGCGAUGUUAAGUAAAAAAGCUUAAAAAUUGACGACGAUGGCGUCUGAUGGAGAAAUUUCGUGUACGAAUGAUCCUAAUUUCGCCGUUAUUUACUCGUUCUUAAAAGUUUUUGGUAAACUGUAUAGUUUAGAAGUGCCCACUAUAGCCAAAUUGCAAGAAUCGAUAGAAAACACACAGGAAGUUUCGGAUCCGUUAAAGGACUUACACUUGAGAUUGUUACGACGCGCUCUAAAAUCCGUACAGACAAAUCGAUGGGAAAGAUCUCUUAUAAAGUUCUGUCAUCAGCAAUCUUACCAUCAAGAGGCAUGGGAGUUAGAAAGGUUUUCUUACAAGAAAGCUAGCACACAAGUUAAAUUACGAAUAUUGAAACUCCUUCUAGAAUAUCAGUUUACAUGUCAUACAAAGUUCAAAAAUGCCGUCAAUGCAAUAUCAUGUAAGGAGUUGAGGUUGGAUCCUAUCGGUAGGGAUAGGAGCGGUUGUGUUUACUGGCUGCAAGUAGACCAUGAGGCAAACUUGUGUCUGUACAAAGAAGAUCAGGACGAAGAGACAUGGCAAAUGGUUGCAAGGUAG